UGAUUCAGAAGGCGCGGUUACAUGACGUAAUUAUCCAUAAUCCAACACAGCGUCACAUGGUAUGAAUCAACAGCGGAAGGAAACCAGUUAUUGAGGCCAGCACUGGCAUGCGUUCAGGGAACAAAUCGCUAACCAAAUAGCGUAGUCGUGGUGGUCAUGGUAACUGGUACCGCCUGUUACGGAUCUCGUAGUGAGGUCGAUCUCUUGCAACGUGUAGUGUACAUCGAUGAAAAGUGCGUGGUCAGUGGGACUCACGCCCCGCUUUCGCAAAAUAUACACGCGGUCAAUGAAUGCAGUAAGCUCGUGUGUGUGCAACUUGAAGAGAAGAAAUUGUGUAAUUCCAUGCUCCUAUGAAAUAUAAACACGUUUAGAUUCCUCAUAAUUUGGGGCAUCUUUACAGUAUGUGAAAUUAACAUAUUCUGUGUUACGUCAAGUGCAAAAACCACUGAACAAUAGUGACACUCUGUUGACUCGUAACAGUGGCAGGCUAUCGGUGUUUUAUACUGCGAAGAUGUUAAAUUGUGUCGUGUCUAACACGAUACAAUGGCUGGCUAGAUUUGUCAUAGUUUGUCUGUCUUAAAUUCAGCAAUUCAAGAACAUGUUAAAGAUAUUAGAAUGGUUAUGGUUUACGUCUAGUAAUUUAGAGAAAUUAGAUUGGUACGUGUUGCUUAAGAUGUAAAUAAACCCAGAAAGAAUUCAGUGACAGGAAUGCUACAUCGAGUCAUAUACCAUCGUGUUGCAGCUCAGCCGCCAACAGACUGCCACAGGAAUGCCGUAAGACCAUAAUUUUAACAUUCAACCUGGCCCAGGUUAACACGGAUAACUACACAGUUCACCUAAAAAUAUUCCUACGGUGAAAAACACGCGCAAGCGCAUUUGGACUCAGUCUCCAUGACGGGAUCUCAGUGAUGUGUCAACAAUGGGGUGGAAGAGUUGUGUGGAGUGUUGUGGGGGUAGCGGGGAUACGAAGAACGAGGGGGAGGAAGUUCCCGUGGAGAUGGGCGAGGAAGUGGAUGAACAAUUCGUCUUCUUGGAGCAAUUCCCAACUGACAAGAGAGUGGAAAACCCGCCGGUACCAUUCGUGGGAGAGUUGUCCGUGCCCAUUGAUGUUGGUCGGGCCAUAGAUGUAGAAGGAGAGAUCUUGCUUCAUGCAACUAGGUUUUCAGUCAACCUGGCAUGUGGGUCUACUCCAGCUUCUGAUGUGGCCUUCCACCUGAACCCAAGGUUUGAUCAGAACUAUGUGGUGAGGAACUCCCGCCUGGGAGGCCGGUGGGGACAUGAGGAGUGUGCAGCCACACAGAGAAACCCUUUCAAACGUGGAGCAAAGUUCUAUCUCACCAUUCUAGCAGCAGAGGAUGGGUUUAUGGUGGCAGUGAAUAAUUACCACUUCUGUUCAUAUGCUUAUCGCACUUUGCGUCUGAGAAUCCAGACAGUGCAGAUCCAGGGGGAUGUAACUGUGAACUCAUUUGAAUAUCACAUGACAGAGAGUUACCCUGAAAUACGGCCUGAUAUGCGAGACCCAGUUGUUACGAUUUCACACACUAUGCCACUCUCCGAAAGCAUCACGGAUAAUGUGGUGUUACCAGUUUUGGGCAACCUACCAAUGGGACUUCUUAUUGGUCAAGAGCUAGAGAUAGUUGGGAGGAUAAAACUCUUACCGCACUCUUUCUUUGUGAACCUACAGAACAGCAUGCACAUGUGGCCACAUCCAGACAUCCUGCUACAUGUUAACCCUCGCUUCCAUGCAAGUGUUGGGUAUGGAGUGAUAAUGAACUCUUGGUCAAAGGGAAAAUGGGGGACUGAACAUAAAUACCCUCUCCUUUUCACACCUGGCCGACCUUUUUCAAUGAAGAUUCUGUGUAAACGAGAUGAAUAUUUAGUUACAGUGGAUGGUGUUAACCUUGGUGCCUACCGUUAUCUUUCCUCAACUCAUACAGUGAAUAUGAUGUACAUUGAAGGAGAUGUUUUCAUUAAAGAGGUUACUGUGAGCUAGCAGAGGUUUCAGAAGAAUAAUACAUCUGUUUGAUGACACAGAAAGUGCCUAUGAUAUCAGAUCAGUGUAUCCCACAGAGCGCGGGCAUAUAACUUGUGAUAUAUUUAUGAUAAUACUGAGUAAAAAUAUGAGUGCAGAUGGUACUGUAAAGUCAUUUCCAUGUUGUAUUGGAAUAUGUACAAUGUUUCAAGUGCUGAAGAUUUCAUGGUGGUCUGUUGAGACACGCUCAUUAUUUGGGAGAAAAAAGCCUUUUGUAACAGUGAUCUGCUUACAUUUAAGACACAUUAGUAGCCCCCAUGCUUAAGUCUUCACAUGAAUACUUGAGAUUAUAAUUUCUGAAACAUCAGCAAUGUAGCCUGUCACAACAUUCAUUAUCCGAAGGGGCUCCUAUAUGAGGACAAAAUUUUUGUAAGUACUGAAUACAAGAGCAUCAAAUAGUGUGGCAGGAGGGUAGACAAAAUGGCAGAGUACAUGUUUAAGCCAUUCUGUAGGAAGAUUCAAAGAUGGCGGAUACAGUGUCUGCUACUGUGGUGUUAUAAUCAUUAUGCUUUCAAGUGAGUCUGCCUGUCACGCCAUUAAUAUUUCUCCAGUAAAUUCAAAGUUUGUUAGUCCCUAUCAGAUGUUUAGCAGAAAGGGACAGUAUCACACGAA